AUGGAGACCGUUCGGAGCAUCCAGAAUCCCAUCCCACCCAAGAUGCUGCAACCAUCUAAGUGGUUAUCGAUCUAUGAGGACUUUGUAACCAAGAAUGCCAGCUCAGUUGGCCAGGUCGAGUCCGCUCUGAGGUCGCUGACCUAUAUCAUUCCAGGCCGAUAUCGUGAAUCUGAGGUUGCUUCGGAGUGCGUACAUUCGGGUGUACAGCUGUUAUCAUUAUAUCAUGAUUCCCUCGUUUCGCGGGUAGUCUCUCAAUUGCCAUCUACCGUCCCACGGCCGACACCAACUCCUCAUGCUCGAUACACGAAGUACUGGACCUCACGUUCCUCGCUCUAUCGUCGUGUAGCUCUCGCGCUUCAGAUGCUUCAAUACACGGAACUUCUGUGGGAAAUGUCAGCCCGUCGGCGUGGCCAGAAGACUCGCUGGCGCAUCGUUGUGUUCAUCGAAUUCGCCAAGGCAAUCUGCCGGCUACUCCUCCUUCGAUUGACCAAUUCUCGGCCGCUUGUGAAUCCACCAUUACCCGAGCGCGAAGUCGAUCCACGGACAACGGAAGAGGAUAAUCAGGGUGACUGGAAUGGCAUGGACACGCCUAUCAGUGAGCACUCAUCAGAUUUAAGCUGGACGAUGCCUCGUACAGGAUUAUCCCUUCCAUCCCUCCCAGACGUCAAUGACGUAUCCAACUAUCUCAUCUCAAAGGUACUCACAGCAGAUGACAUCAAACCUGCUAAAACUUUACUUCACCGGGUUACCGGCCAAGGUCAGCUAGCGGAGAUCCUUUACAUUCUGCGACCUGUUGUAUAUGCCUUGGCGAUGCAGCGGUGGAGCGGAGACAAGCGGAGCUGGCGCCCGUGGCUGAUUGGAUUUGGAAUGGAAUACGGCUGUCGUCAGCUUGCCAAGCGAGACUUCCGUGAGCGUGUUGCUGGUGGUCUCCGGGGACUUACAGGUCUUGAGCGAGAGGAGUUGAAAAAGCGAGGAUGGUCGAUGGGAUGGUGGAUGAUGCGAGGCGCAUUUUAUGAGAAUAUCACGAAAUCAUGGCUACACAGUCUAACCAACAAAAUGAAGGGGAAGCCGCUGCUUGACUUGAUAGGGAGUGUGGUGGAAGACUACGAAUACCUGUGGGACAAUUACUACUUCUCGACUGCCACCUUAUGA